AUGUUUAACUUGAGGAGGGUGUUGGAGAGGCAACAACGAGAAGAUGAAGAAAUCAGGCGCAGACGUGCUGAAAAAGAUCGUGAAUUGGAUGAAGAGGAGGAAGAAGUUGUUUUAUGGGUAUGCUUAAUCAAUCAAGGCAACGCCACCAUCGUCGUGCCCCAAACGUGGACAAACAUAGGCACUAUCGGGGGAGAUAUAGAAUGCAACCCUAUUUGUUCCAAAAAAAUCAUGCAUGAUGUUUGCAAUUAUGACACAUACUUCGUUCAGAAGUAUGAUGCUCUUGGGGUUUUGGGUAUUCUUCCGGAGCAAAAACUUACAACUGCUUUGAGGAUGCUUGAGUAUGGGGCAUCUGUGGACCAGGUGGAUGAGAUUGCUAUGAUGAGGAAAUCAACUGUCUUAGAGUGCUUGGUUAGAUUUUGUAAUGCAAUAGAAAAUCUCUACAUGAGGGAUUACCUCCGUAAACCUAUGCCUAGGGACUUCCGAAGGCUUCUACAAAAAGUUGAGACCUGA